UUUGCCACACAUAUCCAAUCUCCAAAUUAACUUUUACUUCUUUCUUCCCCGGAGAAGAAGAUGGUUGGUUUCCUCAUAGGGAGCACUUGCUCCGCCCCUUCUCCUCCUCUCCACUCUUCUCGCUUCCUCCCUUCUCCUCAGUCGCGGUUCGUGCUUCUCUGCUCUAGCAAUGCCGCCAAGUCCAAGCGUCGCAGACCAUCAUCAGCUUCUCUACGCUGCCAAGACGCAACCCACGACGCCUUUUCCCUCAAAAGACGAGAUUUUGUUCUCGUGGGUCUCUCCCUUCUUCCCUUCUUACAGCUUCCAUCCCCUGCUUCCGCCGAUGAAAGAGGAGACGACAGUGAGAUUAAGACAUCAAAGCUUAAUCAAGAAUCUGAGGUUGCAGUUAGUGAAGGAACAACAACAUCUCCAAAUACAUUUCUCUCUCUCCUAAACGGUCUUGGCAUUUUUAGUUCUGGUGUUCUCGGCGCACUCUACGCACUUGCUCUUAAAGACACUGAAGCUGCUCAGGAAACCAUCGAAUCUCUAAAGAACCAGUUGAGAGACAGAGAAAGAGCAUUGGUUUCAAUGGAGAAGGACUUUGAAGCAAGAAUCCAGCGUGAGGAGGAUGAGUGGGACAAGGAAAGAAAAAAGGCAGAAGACGAACGAUUCUCAUUGAUCAACCAAUUGAAUUCCGCAAAGGAUGUGGCGGAGGGAUUAGGCAAGGAGUUAAGCAGCGUGAAGAAGAUAUCUGAGGAUCUUAAAGCUCAGAUAGGAAACCUGCAAAGUAAUCUGUCAAAGGCUGGUGAAGACAAAAGGACACUCGAGACAGAGCUCAGAGAGAAGCUUGAUUUGGUUGAGGGGCUACAAGACCGGAUCAACUUGCUUAGUUUAGAGCUGAAAGAUAGUGAAGAAAAGGCUCAACGUAUUAGCGCUUCUCUAGCUGAGAAAGAAGCAGAACUGAAGAAACUCAACUCUGUUUACGCUCAAACGAGCCGAGAACUUGCUGAAGCAAAACUAGAAAUCAAACAGCUUAAGGAGGAAGUCACAAGAAGACAGACUGAAAUAGACUCCAAGAACUCUGCCAUUGAGGAACUAGACACCAGAAUAAGCACUUUAGUGGCUGAGAAUGAGAGUUACAUCAAAAAGCUUGACGAUGUUUCAAAAGAUUACAGUGCUUUGAAACUGACUUCUGAAACGCGAGCAGCUGCUGAUGCAGAGGUCAUAAGAAGUAGAGAGGAGGAGAUUCAGAAGGUUAAUGAAAAGCUGGAUGAUGCGCUAAAGGAUGUAAAUGAGAGUAAAGACAAAGUUGCUGACCUUACUGAGAAGUACGAAGAUGCAAAGAGAAUGCUGGAGAUAGAACUCACUAGUGUACGUAAUUUGAGACAUGAGCUCGAAGGAACAAAGAAAACACUCCACGCGUCAAGAGAUCGUGUCUCUGACCUGGAGAAGAUGCUUGAUGAGUCGAGAGCUUUGUGUUCGAAGUUCGAAUCAGAGGUUUCAAAAGUUCACGAGGAGUUUGAUAAAGCCAAGGAAAGGUAUGAGAAGCACCUUGCUGAUGAAAGAAGAGACGGUGAGGGUUUGGCUAGGGAACUUGCAGUGGAGAAAGAUCAUCUGAAGAAAGCUAGAGAGGAGAUUGAGGGACUGAGACAAGAGCUAGAAGAGUCUUCUGUCAAGAACCAGAGCCUCCAGAAGGAGCUAGUGGAGAUUUACAAGAAAGCUGAAACCACUAACAAGGAACUGAAAGAGGAGAAAGAGACUGUUUCGGGAUUGGAGAAAGAGGUGAAAGCAAUGGAGAAGCAGAUGUCGAUGGACAGGGAAGCCAUGAAAUCCCUUGAGACAGACCUGGAAGAUGCAGUUAAGUCUUUAGAUGAGAUGAACAAGAACACAACGACACUUUCACGAGAGCUCCAGAAGGUGAAUACCGAUGUCUCUAGCUUGGAAGACGAGAAAGAAGUGCUUCAAAGAUCACUAGAAGAGGCAAAGAAGGCGUCAAAGGAAGCUAAAGCAAACGUGGAAGACGCACACAACGUUGUGAUAAGUCUAGGAAAAGAGAGGGAAGUGCUGGAAAAGAAAGUGAAGAAACUGGAGGAAGACUUGGGCUCUGCAAAGGGAGAGAUACUGCGCAUGAGGAGCCAGCAGGAUUCUGUAAAAGCUGUGAAUAGUUCGGAUGAUGAAGAGAAGAGUGAUGAUAAGGUUACUGCAAAGAAAGUUGUCAGGAGGAGAAAGAGCAGCACCAGUUCUUGAAAGAGACAAAAGGUUAUAUAAUGACCAAAACUUGCUUCUUAUCAUAUAUAACUCUAAUCCAUUACUUGUAGCCAGUUUUAAAUUUGUGUAAAUCUUGAGAAGAGUGAGAAGUUUAAUUCAUAAGCGAUAUGUUAAAGUUGAAAAUUACAUUUAUUUAUACAAUUUAGCAUCAAAAAAAUUGUUUCUAAA